AUGUAUGUACCUACCUCUCCGUCAGUAGGUUUGCAACCACUACCAUCACCUCAAGCGUCAGAGUCGAGUGCAAAAUUUCAUAAAAAGACAUUAUUUUACAUCUUAAUCCCUACAUUGAUAAUCCCCGUGAUUGCAAUUGGUGUUUUUUUCUAUGAAUGCGCUAGCAAGCUAAAGAGGAGACACGAGAUGAGGAAAAGUGCAAGGAGGAUUGGGUUACUUGAAAGUGAAAUUGAACAGGAAAUUGAAAUUGACUCGGGAAAUAUUUAUCAAAGAUAUGGUCCGAUUAGGGUUGUAUCUGUAUGGCCCUUAUUUGAAGGACAACCCUCUAUUUUCCCUCCUGCUCCUGCUUAUUUCAAAAACCAAGAGGAUGCCGAAACAUUAGUCUCGGUUAAUUCCAGUUUGAGUUUAAGCGGUAGUCCAGCGUCUGACUUAGAAUCAGCAAUGACUAAAGUUGAAACAACAUAUGUUUCCAGAGUCAGGUGA